GGGAUUUACGGAAUCCCGGGAUUUAACGCGCGCACAAAAACCGUUUGGCUGGAUUUAGCGUAAAUCCGACUUAAAUCCCGCUGUAAAUCCGAUAUCAAACAGCCCCUUAGGGUUUAUCUUUAUUCUGUUAAGCGUGAUCCUCUGUUUCUUACGUUGCCAUUGCAAAAUGGUUCCGCUGGCUGUUGUGAUCGUCGGGCUUCUUCUGCCGCUGGCGGCAGCGGCGACGUCGUCCUCUGGCCCCCAUAUAGCAGACCUCAACAUUUUGUUGCCCCCUCGCUUGACGAAUCCCGUGCAGUACCGACUUCAAGGGAGUGAUGGCUGCUUCUCCUGAUCAUGGGAUCAUCAUGAUCUUCUAUUAGUUCAACCUGAAUAUAAUGGUAGUAGUCAAUGCUCCACAAGUGCCAGAUUGAUAUCAAUUGCUCCAUAUAGUGAUAGGAAAGAGAUUGCUGUCUAUGCUACAGACCUCCUAACUGGGUCUAUGGUUCGAUGUAAAGUUCUUAUUGAUAAAAUUUCCAGGAUUAAAAUAUUCCAUCAUGCGGUCAAAAUUAACUUGGACGAUCUAGCAACACUAAAUAUUACCGCAUUUGAUGACGAAGAAAAUGUGUUCUCAUCAUUGGUAGGCUUACAGUUUUCAUGGCAGCUACUUCCCAAGUCUUUGGAGGCUGAGAGUAUGCAUCGUCUUAUUCAUGUUCCACUGAAGGAAACACCUCUCGGUGACUGUGUUAGUGGUUUUUGUGAGGAUCUGGACGUCCAACUUCAGUUGGAAGAUAAGGGGUUAGGUUCUAAUUUAUAUGUUGUCAAAGGAAUUGGAAUUGGCCAUGAGAUUGUUAAAGCCAAGUUGCUUGAACCACAACUAGAACAUUUGGAGGAUGAGAUUACUUUAACUGUUGCAGAAGCAAUGUCCCUAGAUCCUCCCUCACCCAUCUUUGUGACUGUUGGUUCAUUGAUAUACUACAGUCUCAGGGUUAUUCAUGGAAAUACUCAUCAAGGAGGUGUAAGAUUGCACGAGUGGCUUUUUCGGCUCCUUCGUUCUCGUUCGACUUCGCUCCUUCGACGACGAUCCCUUCUCCUGUCAGAUCGGAAGCUGCGACAUUUUCAUUGGAAGUAAGGACGGCAGCUCGCUAGUUGUGAAUGUAACUUUCUCCCUUUCGCGACCUUCUUCGGCCAAAUCCCGUCAAUCCUUCGAACUACAGGAAUUGGUACAAAAAUCCAGAUUUAUUCCGCGAUGAAAUUUAUGUUAAGCGUUUAAUCCUGCUCAAACCUUGUAUUAUUUCUCUUUUUUGCGGUGAGAUGGAGGAGCUUCUGUUAUAGUAUUCUCUGAAGUAUGAAGCAUAAUCAGAGGUUAGGAUUUCGAAUUGCACUUUUCCCAAAUUUCCUUGUCUGCUUUCCUUCCCCCCUUUGAACGGUUUGAAGAGACGCUGCGAUUGCUUUGACUGUAUCAGCACCUUCUUCACUCCUUGAGGUUCUCUGUGGAUGUAAUGCCUUUGAUUUGGCAAGAGGGAAGAGUCUGCAUAGUUUCUCUAUAAGAGAAAUGGUCGAAUGACUUCGGGUCAUUCAGUACUACAGUGUUAGCUUUGAGAAUAAAA